AUGGAGUACCACGGAAGGGAGAAGGGCCGCUGGACUACCCCCAACGAAACGAGCAGAGGGCAAAGCAGCAAAGGAGACAAUUACGUCUUCAUCGAUGAAAAAUAUAAAAAAUAUUUUGAUAGCAUAAGUGACAUAUUUGAGGACAAGGUGGAGUGCAUACUGAAGAAACAUUUUAAGAAAAACGAGCCGACCAAUAAAAAUAAAUUGCUCUGCUUAAACGUGUGUGUGUUGUGGCAGAGGAGGUUUUUGGUACUUUUGAGUAGGAGCCUGAAUGAGUUCGAGGCGUAUAGGAGGAGGGAUGACGAGAGGGGUGGGGGGAGACAGACCGGCUGCGAGGAGCCGGGGAGGGGCGCCAGCCCACCCGGGGUGGAGGAAAAUGAACGAGGUGGAGAGGAAAAUGAACGAAGUGGAGAGGAAAAUAAAACAAGUGCAGACCAAAAUGAAAGAGGGGGAAACGCAAAUGAAACUGGUGGAAACAACCAACACACUGAGGAGUUAAAGAGCUUCAUCAAAAACGUGAAAGUUGUGGACGACCAAAGCAUCGAAGUCGUGUACGACGCCAACGAACUGAGCGACGACGGCAGGCCGAGCGCCCAACUGACGACGGACGAAAUUUACUACCUCCUGGUGGAGUCCAAAAAAAGCGAAAACGAUUUAAAAAAAAAUAUUUUCACUUUUUUAAAAUACCUUCCCCUUUUUAUCAAGUGCAUAGAAAAUAAAAGUUUAAUUGAAAAGGCAAUCCUUGAGUCGAAGCUCCUUUUAAGGGAUGCCCAGGGUAGUAACCCUAAUGAGGAGGAGGAGGAGACUUCCCACUCGGGUCAGGCACACGUGAAUGCACUCCCCACAGGGGAGAAUCUCUCCCCCAUUGAAAUAAAAAACAAGCUGGACGAAGUUGUCCAUUUUGACUGUAACUUGUCCGAAAAUUUAGAGGCCAUUUUUAAGGCCCAAGUAGGCAUUUUAGAAAUGACGGAUGGUAAGAAGUUUUUUACCGGGGGGAUGGACUCCUUGGAGGGUGAUACCCACGGGGAGAAUAUCACAGUCAAGCAGACGGCCAACCGGAUGGAAAACCAACAGGAGCAGGAUGAAGAGACCAGGGAGGAGUACUUCCCACACCAUGGCAAUUUUAACAACUUGGCAGAUGUAUCUAAACAUUUUCUCAGCAAAAAGAGUAGCGGCUCCCUUGUUCUCCCUCUCUCCAAAAUUAAUGACUUGUCCCUCAUCAAUAACAUCAGCACGAGGUCGAAUCAGGAUGUGAGGGAAGAUCCCUCCGAGGGCGAAGCUGCCUUCUACGUUUAUAAGACCAACAUGGAUAGGCUUAACCUCUACGGGGUGGACCUCCUCAUAAACUUAAACAACAAGCUCACGCACAAGAUCAGCCACAUUUACAGCCUCAUUCAGUUUUACACCAUGCUGGCGCGCGACGUCUUCCACGAGGGCUAG